AUGGAUCAGUUUAAACAGCCCUUAGAGGGGAUAUUUCGCGAUGGUAUUCCUGCACCUGUUCUUCGCGCCUUUGCCCCACUGUAUCAAGCACUACCAUCACUUCAAGAAGCCGUUACUGCUAGUCGAGACUGCUAUUAUUGGCGAGCCAAUCCUCUAAAGUGCGUUGAUGAGGAUGUACAGACUGUAACGGCUUUUAUGCAAGCGAGUGAGGCCUCAUUCCGCAUGUGUCCACAACAAAGCGCAACUCUUCUUAAGUGUCACAUGACAGAACCCGCUAAGGCGCUCUUUUUCUGCCGAGAUGAGGAAUGGGAAUGGCGUACAUGUCUUAUGGACCAAACUGGAAUUCGCUUCUGGCCGUAUGCUAAUGCACCUGUAGGGGCCCCGUGGAGUAAUGGUGGUCAGACAGAGGACUUUCAUUUGGAGGAUCGAUUCUUUUAUGAAAAUUUCUCGUGGUGGCGGCGGAAGGCGGCAAUGCUUGCAGUACGACAUCGUGAGUUGGAGGUACAGGCACAGAGGAAACACUGGUUAGAUGAACAGAAUCAAAAUAGUGGAGAGGGUUCUAAGCAGUCUUUGAUGCCUCCAAAACCAACACUUGCCCCUGUAGGUAUUAAGAGAGACAUGAAUUAG